AUGCCUCGAAAACCCCAGCCUGUGCCACUCAAUAUGCUGGGGUAUAACUAUAAGGUCACCAACGCUCAUCUGGUGAAAAAAUACCAAUCACAAUAUGUGCUGAAUAAGACUUUGGCAGACAGAAAGAUCACGCCAGAAGGGAGAGAAAUAUUCACGAGUUUAUUCAACUUACUUCCCGAUGGUGAUGUCUCUCUUGACAAAAAUGACAACAUCAUCGUCUUUGACAACCACAUUGUUAUUUCCAAACCUUAUGGCGCUGACAACUGCAAAAUAGUUUCCGGAAAUGAUGAACAGCAGCUUUCAUACAUCAAAAAGAUCAUUAAGGAUGCCUGGGCGCGACUGGAGUCCGAGAGAAAGGGUGGUUGA